AUGCUUUUACGCUCAGGGAAGAUUACCACGCCGUUGAUCAUGCCUGCUGCGGCGACCGCGAAAUCAUUUAGUUGCCUCCAUUGCAGCCUCCAAUUCCCCGAGGAAAAGACAGUUCUCAAGCAUAAUCGGGAGAAGCAUCCAAAGUGCAAGCAAUGUAAAGAAAGAUUUCUUGGUCUAGCAGAAUUGCAAAACCAUCGAAAAAUCACAGAACAUUUCUAUUGUCGCGAGUGUGAUCUUCACUUCCCGAAUCUUGAAAAGCACCUCACGCAUGCACGAGGUACUACGCAUACGACUCCACAUCACUGCUGUGACUGCGAUCGAGAAUAUACCAACCAAGAAACCUUGAGCUACCAUUGCUGCGACUGCGAUCAAGUGCUUCGAAAUGAAAAGUCCCUGCGAAAACAUUUCUCCGGGAAGAAGCAUAUUCUCAAAGUCGGAGUUCCAACGUCAAGGAGCUCUCGCGAUCUCCCACACAAGUGCAGCAAGUGCGACGAGACAUUCCAUCGCAAGAAACAGCUAAAUGGGCAUAUGUUAAGCCAUAGACCUCCUCGUAACAUUCCUUGCCCAACCGGUGGAAAAUGCAACAAGAAGUUCGCGGUACCGUCUGCCCUCCUGAACCAUCUUGAGAGCGGCUGCUGUAGCUCGGGAUUGACUCGAGCCAAGAUGCACGAACUCGUUUUCGCCCACGAUCCGAAUCGUUAUAUUACAUCGGUUGAGGCAGUCAAAUCGAUUCGUUCUUCUGAAUAUAUAUCUGCUAGUCAAACUUUACACCUCUUAGAUUUGGUCGAGUCUUCAUCCGAAAAUCCACCUAGAGACCAAUCCACACCACUUCCUCUAGUUUCUAACGACGACAGCCUCAGCGAGUGGUCCGCUGAUAGUUGCGGACCAUUAACGCCUACUACUAGCGACAGCGACUGGUCAAUCAUCGGGGGGGCUGUCUUAACUCCUACAUAUAGUGAUAAUGCCAGUGAAUGGUCGUUCGUGAGCGAAGAUCUCGUACAUGUAUCGUCGAAUGCGUUUCCGUUUGAUACAGAUCUCGAUGCUAGUUCAUAUAGAGGCACCGUGUCUCAGGAACGGCGCUGUAUACUCUGUGGGCCCAACCGAAAGUCAUUCCGCAGCAUGAGAGCCUACCAAGCGCACGUAAAUUCAACAGCUCACGCUCCGAAGAUCUUCCAUUGCCCCUUAUCAUUCAUUCCACAGGUCAAACCACUAGACCUAUCAAAAGCUAGAAGUUUCUCGACUUUGGGUGGAUUGACUCAACAUCUAGAGAGCGGGAAGUGUGAAGGCGGGCUUGAAAUGUAUGGCAAAGCGAUUACCUUCGUGGAGGAGCAGUUGAAACUCCUCGGGCUUAGUGGUUUCAUGCUAUCGUCGAAUUAA